AUGGCUGUAUACUUUGACAAGAAGCUUAAUGCGCCUUCUGAAGGAUUUAAUACCAAGAUAGCUUGGCACACAGUUAGUCAAUUACUUGCUGUUGCCGUUAAGGGGCGAGAUGAAGUCUCUGGAGAAGUUAAUAUUUACAGUAAUGAGGGUGAACUGAUGGAAGAUAUAACUAUCCAGAAGCAAUCAUCGGUUAGCUACAUUGAGUGGCAUCCUCAUCGUGAUGUUCUGGCUGUUGGGUGGGACAAUGGUGAAAUAAUUAUAUGGUUAAAGCAAGACAAUAGUCAAAUCAUUUUAAAUCAGUCUCAUAAGACAUGUGUUAGUGUUAUAAGUUGGAAUGGGCAUGGAAACUCAUUAGUCAGUGGUGAUGAGAACGGCCAUUUUGUAAUAUGGAAGGCAGAUAUGAAGGGCUGUGUACAAAAAAUUCCUGUUCAACAGUAUGAUAUUUCCCCUAUGCAGUCCAUAACGAACUGUGUAUUCAAAUCGACGAAAGGUCUUUCAGACAAUUUAAGUGAUUUGGCGAGAGCAGCGGUCAGUGGCGACGAAAACGCCUUAGACCGAUUUAAUUGGGGCAGUAGCAGCGACAAAAAAGGAGAAUCUAUCGUAGCUUCUAUAGAAGCUCAAGCUUAUUCUUGCUACUUUGGCGGUUCUGAAGGCGCUGUUUGGUAUUUCGAUGGAAAAAAUAAUUUUUCUCCCUCAUUUUCUGUUGAGGGACCUAUCUUAUUCCUUUCUUUCUUCCCGAAGAAAGGAAUCAUAGUUGCCAUUACCAAAAAUUUAAUGCUAUCACAAUUUGGUGUUUCCGCUGAUGGAGUAGCAAAUGAAAUCUCUCAGGUGAAGCUAACGAAAGGCAAUUCACCUCAUUGUGACGUUAUAUGGACCAUAGAUGGAAUUUUAGCAACCACAUCUGGCGAAAAUCUUGUUAGAAUGUGGGAUUUGAAUACGGAAAAAAAUUACAAAUUACGAUUAGAAGGCCACGCAUUUACUUCCAGCGAACACGUUAGCUGUAUUGCUUACGAUCUCAAAAAAGGAAUUUUGGCUGCUGGUACGAAUAAUGGCCGUGUUGUUACUUGGAAAAGGACGGCACCAAUUUCAUCACAAGAUGACAACGAGAAUUGCUGGGAGAUGCAAACACCUACUUCUUUAGAAACAGGCGAUUUACUACAAAUUGGGUGGGAUGCUUCUGGAACAUUAAUUGCUACCAGAACCGGAAUCGCUGCUUAUAUAUUAAGUGAACAGAUUAUGAGCCACCACUUCGGUGACGAUGUUGCUGCAAUUCAAGUGUCUCCAAGUCAAUUAUCUAUUUAUUGCUAUGGGACACAAAUGCUACAGGAAUUAAAGACUGAUAUUCACAUAAAGGGCAUUUUUGCUUGUAAAGAUAAAGUGGCAGUCUGGAACGGUUCGCAGCUAGUAAUAUACGAAGUUUCUAGGGAUAAGCAAUUUGCCAGAGCGGCAGGAUCUUUCUCUACCAAUUCCUUUAUUAUUGCACUACAUGCUGAUAGCGUUUAUAUUGGUGAAGGCAAUAAUAUUCAAGUCAGGAAUUUUCAGGGAAUUGUCAAGCAAUUGCUAACUUUUGCUGAGACUGAAGGCGAUCCAGUUGUGAUCGAUAUUUGUGGAAACUAUUUAUGUGCUGCAAGUAGUGCAGGAUAUAUUAAAGUCUUUGAUUUAUCAAGGAGAGAGGCUAGGCAACAUUGUAACCCCAAAUUUGUCGCAGAAUCUAUACCCAAGUUCAGUCAGAUUACCUCAAUUCGUUGCAAUUGCAGUGGAAGCAAAGUUAGCUUUAUAACUCGUCAAACGAAUGGAGACCCAUCGCCAGUCCUUUAUGUUUGGGAAACUGAAGUAGACAGUAUACAGGGCUUUGACUUUUGCAAAUGGGAAAGUACUGAUCAUCGUAGUAAAAAUCGUAAGAAUAAUGCCAAUAAAGAACCUGAGAUUCAACGCUGUAUACCUGUCAAUCAUUAUUGGGAUUCUAAAGAAGUGAAAUUAUUAGCUUGUGAGUUAAUUCCAAGUUAUAUAAAUCAUGAUCAUAAUGCGUCAUUAUAUCGAAAGUCUAAAAAUGAUCAAGCUAGCGAUAAUAACAAGACUUCUAACAAGACAACUAAGAUUGCCACCUUAUUUAGCACGCCUGAGAACGGCGUUGUGCUCCAAGAAUCGUCAAAUGUGGAAACCAGCUUUCAAAGCUUACUGGGAAUUGGGUCGCCUUAUUAUUUCUUUCUAAAGAAGCUAUCUGAAAUUGACGAUGUCCACCCAUCCAGAAAAAGUGAUAGUGAAGACAAUGCAAAAACUUUUCCCUAUGUCGGAAGAGUAGUAAUGAGAGAUUUCAUAGGUCUUGAAGAUAGUGAUGAAACCACUAUGAAAGCCAUGAUGAACUUUAGUUUUAACUUAACAACUGGAAAUAUGGAUGAAGCUUUCAAAGCGAUCAAGGCCAUUAAAAGCGAGACUGUUUGGGAAAAUCUAGCUCGUAUGUGCAUAAAAACACGUCGACUGGAUGUUGCUUCUGUAUGUCUUGGUAAUAUGGGGCAUGCAAGAGGUUCGCGAGCACUACGAGAAGCCAAAAAAGAACCAGAAAUUGAAUGCCAACUUGCUACAUUGGCAAUUCAGCUAGGCCAACUGGAUGAAGCUGAAAAGUUAUACAAAGAAUGCAAUAGAUUUGAUUUACUUAAUAACUUCUAUCAAGCUAGCGGACAGUGGAAGAAGGCAAUUGAUGUGGCUGAAAGGUUCGAUCGCAUCCAUCUAAGAACAACUCAUUACAACUUUGCUAAACAAUUGGAGGCUAUGGGACAAAUAUCAACAGCUAUUAGCGAAUAUGAAAAAGCAGGGACUCAGCUGUUUGACGUACCUAGAUUAUUACUAGAUGAUUUAGAAAGAUUAAGAAAUUAUGUUCUGAAAUCACAGGAUCCACAACUAAAGAAAUGGUGGGCUCAAUACAUGGAAGGAAAAGGUGAAUUGGAAGAGGCAAUACGAUUUUAUGAAUCAGCUCAUGAUUCUUUAUCCCUCGUUCGCAUUUAUUGCUACUCUGGCGACAUUGAUAAGGCCGCAGAAAUUGCUAAUACUACAGGAGAUUUGGCUGCCUCAUAUCAUCUUGCGAGACAACACGAAAAUGAAGAAAAUGAAAUGGAAGGCGAUUUAAUGAAUCUUGCAUUACUAAGCUCCAGUCGUGACAUGGUAGAUGUAGCAACAUUCUACGAAUCAAAGCAAGACACCUUAGAUAAGGCUAUAGUGUUGUAUUAUAAGGGAGGAGAAGUUGCAAAAGCCUUGGAUCUAUGCUUUCAAGCAAAGCAAUUUUCCACCUUGGAGACAAUUGCUGAAAGUUUAGAUGAAAACACUGACCCAGCUAUUCUCAAUCAGUGCUCAACAUAUCUCAUUGAACAUGGUAGAAAUGAAAAAGCAAUUGAUUUACUUGUUUUAGCUAAAAAGUAUUAUGAGGCUCUAGAAUUAUGUAUGGAACAUAAUAUAAUCAUUACCGAAGAAGUAGCGGAUAAAAUGACUAUCUCAAAAGAAUCCGCUGAUAAUGAAUAUCGAAAUCAAUUAUUGGAAAAAAUUGCAGAAUGCGCAAUGCAACAAGGGUCGUAUCAUCUUGCGACCAAAAAGUUUACCCAAGCUAGCAAUAAAAUCAAGGCGAUGAAAUCACUUCUUAAAUCAGGAGACACAGAAAAAAUUAUUUUCUUUGCUGGCGUAUCCAGACAACGAGAAAUAUAUAUUAUGGCUGCAAAUUAUCUGCAGUCGCUGGAUUGGCGAAAGGAUUCGGACGUAAUGAAAAAUAUUAUAACCUUUUACACAAAAGGUCGAGCAUUGGAUUUACUAUCCGGAUUUUAUGUAGCUUGUGCUCAGGUGGAGAUUGAUGAAUAUCAAAAUUAUCAAAAAGCUUUUGGAGCUCUUACUGAGGCUUACAAAUGUCUCAGUAAAGCAAAAGUUAAAAAUCCUCAGCAACAGGAAGAUAAAUUGGUUUCCUUAAAGCAGCGUGCAACAUUAAUUAAGAAAUUUAUACAAGCUAAAAAGCAAAUGGAAAAUGAGCCCAAUGAUGCUGUCAAUGCCUGUCAAGCACUUAUUGACGAACCGGAUAUCGAUUCUGCCGUUCGCAUUGGCGACAUUUAUGGAACUAUAAUUUCUCAUUAUGUUCAGCAAGAAAAUUAUUCCAAGGCUCAUGAAUCACUAGAAGAGUUACGAAAGAAGAUACCAUCUAUGAACAUUCUGUACUACGUUAAUAUGAAAACUAUAGAAUCCAUUCACAAAGCGUUAGACAUUCCUUUGCCUCGCAACUUGAAUGUCCAAUCACAAAAGACUACUGGGGUUUACGCAGGUAGCGCUGAUGAAGACGACGGAGAAGAGGUGGAUGAAGAAGUGAUUGAAGAAGAAGAAGACUAA